AUGACGAUGAUGAUCACUGUUCAUCACAAUGUCGUGUCUGUAUUACUUACACUGAUUAUCUGCACCAUCUGUUGCGGAUCAAUCAUCAUCUUCUCCAUGCAAACCAAAUACGAUCUUACAAACAUGAUGGGAAUCAUGUUCAUCCUAUCAAUGUGUCUCUUGGUUUUCGGAAUGGUGGCUAUGAUCUCGGCAAUAUUCUUCCACGUCAGGUUCAUCUACAUGGUAUAUGCUGCAUUAGCAUCAUUGUUGUUCAUGUUCUACCUGGCCAUUGAUGUACAAAUGCUAAUGGGAGGUCGCAAAUACGAAAUCUCUCCUGAAGACCACAUCUUCGCAGCAGUGCAGAUAUUCCUGGACAUCGUAUACAUUUUCUGGAUGCUACUGUCAUUGUUCGGAUCGAGCAAGUAG